GGUCGGUGAUCACAUAUUUUCACUGACAGAAGAGGAAGUCCAACGAGUCAUCAUAGAGGUCAAAAGAUAUUCUGCACUUCAUCACUGUCAGAUUCAAGCCGAUCCACUGAACAGCAGCCUUCUAUUUCAAUUAGACCGGAUCUUCACCAACUUAUCGUUGAUGGGAGAAGACAAAGGAACAAAGGCACCGAUACUUUACGCAGACCUGCUCAAGACUAAAGUCAACGGAAUCCUUCCUAAACGUUUGUUGAUUGAAGGUGAAGGUGGUGUGGGGAAGACAACUCUCUGUGCAAAGAUCGUUUGGGAUUGGAUUCAUGGAGCAGGCUACCAAGAUUUCAAACUGGUACUUCUUGUCCUCCUUCGUGAAAUAAAGGAUAAGACUAUUGGAGAGAUUUUAAAGUCCUACCUCCCAGACGACAUUAUGGUUACAGCUAUGCAGCUAAACAAGUAUGUCUUCUCACAUCAGAAAGAUGUACUUCUCGUUCUGGACGGCCUAGACGAGCUAGCUGGCGAUCUUAACAGCUGUCAUCAAAUCGCCCUUAUCAUCAUGAAUCGGCUGUUUAAAUCGGGGAAAGUACUAAUCACAUCAAGGCGAUGGAGAUCAGCUGAGAUACGGCAGAUUACUGAGCUUAGAAAGUUGUAUGCUUUCAUUGCCGUGGAAGGUUUCUCUGAUGAAAAUCUCUGUUCCUACGUCACCAAGUUCUUCCAUCCAGACACAUGUUCGGCUGAAGAUUUGAUUCGAUUUAUAUCAAAUAACGAUGUGAUCAGAGAGAACAUGGCCCCAUACCCCAUAUACACAGCUAUGCUGUGUAUCAUGUGGAAAGAUUUCGAUAGAGAGCGUCGCAUAGCAAUAUCGAAAUUACAAACAUUUUCUCUGAUUGAUGAGAUGGUCCAAUUCUUGGUCGAUCAUUACCUCUCAAAGCUCGAUCAGACGUCAAGAGACAAGAAAUGGCAUGUGCAGCGUGCAGAAAUUCGUCUCCAUCUCGUCAACAUUGGUUGCCUUGCCUUCCAAGGGCUUAAGGAAAGACGAUUGGUGUUCGCUGAACAGGAGUUCAAGAGCUGGCCAGGGUGUGUGAACGCAGGUUGUCAAGUUGGAGUACUCACUAAACAAGCACCGAUCCCUCAGAGGAGGCAACAAAGGUACCAUACACAUCCCGCACACUCAUCUGUGCAGUUCCCCCAUAAGCUGUUUCAGGAGUAUCUAUCAGGGAUAUAUCUGGCAUCUCUUUACAACUCAAACAGAAGUGAAUAUGACAGGUUAAUGAAGGAUAUAAUUUGUAAAACACGUGAAUUCACGGAGCUUCUGUACUUCACCUCGGCCCAGUUGAAGGAGGUCGGAUUGGAUAUCGUAUCUCAUCUCAUAUCAUCAAAAGACAUUUCUACGCCAACAUUUCAAAUGGAAUAUUUGCGUACCGAUGAUGACUUCAUUGUAGACGUAGCCUAUGAGAGUCAAGACCAAACAGUGGCCAAAGCUUUGGCAGAUCAUCUGUCGACUACAUCCAGCAAGACACUGGAGAUCUCCCGGGGGAUGCAGGAGCACACGGUAUCAGGACAUAUCUUCAUUUCGAAUCAUCGUAAAGUGGAAAAGCUGUUUAUUGAACAGCCAUGUGGACGGACUGCUUCAGAGGACUUGGCUAAAUUCAUUUGCUCCUCACACACUCUGAGGACUGUAGAGAUCAUUAUGCCUGAACGCCAAGCAGGUGCAAAUAUGCAUGAUGUGUUCUACACGGUGCUUGCUUUUAACGCCACUAGUUCCAAGAUUGAGACUCUUCAUGUCGAUGUUGAUCUCAGUGAAAGUCCGCUUGCAUCACGUCAUCUCGCUCAGUUCAUCUGUAAGAUGAACCAUUUGGAGAGCCUCUUACUCAGCGGUCAGUAUCAUGGUGACUUCUACUCCACAUCAUUGUCAAUGGCCAAGGAUUCUUUCCCUCAAAUAAGCAACGGAUGUUUCAGUUUCAAUGAAGAGCAACAGUUGAAUCUUGAAUCAUUCAUUCAAUCACUCACUGCUUUUGCAAGGAAAUUCGAACCAGGAGCUACCUCAAGUACUCAAGACGAUGGUGACAGUGACAUGCCUUCGUCCAGUGGAAAUAGUCCUGGACAGAAAGGGGCUGAUGUCGUGGAAACUUAUACAGCGCACUGGUCGCUCUAUCCCAUCACCAUCUUUUUGAAGAAGAACCCCUCCGACUCCAAGACCACUAGCAUCAACUUCCAGCACGAACUUCUUGCUGAAGUUGCCUUCAGGCGUUCAAAAGCGAUCUGGCAUGACGGUGUCCAAGUAUAUGGCACAUCUUUCUUCAGUAGGUUCGUCAGAGGUGCAGAAACAGAAGCAAAGUUCUUGCAGAAUUUCCGAUAG